AUGUACAUACAGACACAUGUACGUACAUGCACACAAAAACACACACAUACACACACGUACACACACACGUACAUGUACAUACACGCAGACACAUGUACAGAUACAUACAUGUACAUACACACAGACACAAGUACCCUAUAAAAAGUUGCAGUACUUCGUUGUUAACUCACAGAGCCAGGUACUGCACUCUAGGGGGAGGCAGAGAGCACAGCACACACUCCUUCCUUUGCUUUCACUGUGCUGAGCAGUCUGAUGGCUCCCAGUGUCAAUGACAGAUCCAGCCUGAGCUCCAAGCCUGCUCAGCAAGACGGCCCUGGGGGACACACUCGUCCCCACCAUUAACGAGCAGGCGAGUGGAAAUUUCAAGGCCUGCUCUACAGCACAUGC